AUGGAAUCGACUUUCAUCCCUGUGCAGUCGACCCAUCCCUCCUUGUUCCGGCCAAAUGCAGAACGGCCCCGCUUCUCCGUCUCAUACAAAUGGUGGGAGGAUGAAGCUACAACGGUCCUUUGGGCGUUCGACGCUGGGGAAAUCCAACGGGUGAUUCGCUACGGACUCUUUCCAGAUGAAAAUCUCCCGCGUACGGCUCUGCAGAGUCGGAACGAGAGUACCGUUGAUAGCUUCCUGUUUACGCUUGUGCAGCCUUACGAGAGGCCUUUCACCGCUAAUCUAUCGCAUGUUCAGAAGGUCGAGGAGAUCCUGCGGCGGUCCAAGGGCACGAGCCCGGCGCUUGUUCCCUGGAGCUGGUUUCCAUCGGUGAUGAACCGUGAGCAGAAUCCGGAGGCUAUUGCUAAAGCGAUUGAUGCUGAGAGCCGGCUGCAUUUUACUCGGAUUCCGUUUGAGGAGUGGGUGCGGUAUUCGUUGGGUUACCGGUCUAUUUUGGUUGAGUCGCUCUUGGAGGAGCAUACGAAGCUCUUCCAUCAUCUCCUCAACCACCUUGAUGCGUUUCCAGAGGAUCUUAAGAGGUAUACCGAAGUUGAAAAGCAUUUGCGAAGGCGAAGCCCGUUUGCCCACAGGGCUUUGGCGCAAUCCUUACUCACCGUCCAAUCUGGCGGAGAUCGUCGGCCUCCAUUAAGCCCUGUACCUGGAUUUGACUUCAUUGCAGGCCCCAUCCAGCGCCUUUUCAAAGAGCACCCCCCAAGCCUGACGGCUAUUCUGAAGGUGCUCUGUGUCCUCGAGGUCAGGUUCCGACGGAUGUAUUUCCACAUUCCCGAGAUGGACUGGUAUGAGAGCUUUGACACCACCGUCACUUUCUUCGAGGACGUGCUUGCAUCGACUUCGGCUGUCGACUUGGCUCGCACGUUGACUACUACCGACGAGGGUCACUUUUCUGAGUUGGACGAGCGGGGCCUGAUGGAAGAGGGUCCUGUGGCUCGGCAAAUCAUCAUGGAGUGGCACACGUUGAGCAUGGCGGUCUGGGAAGUAUGUUCUGCAUUGCCAGACUUGAUACCGUAUAUCCAAGAAUGUGUACAGGCUCUCUUUCUCAUUCGAAACUACCAUUCGUUAACGGCGAUGUUGAACGGUCUCCAAAAAUACAGUAUCCUGGCUAUGACAUUCAAUAACGUAAACAGCACCACGGGCACAGUAACCCUGGGCCCCGUCCUCCCAGCCGACUUAUUCUACCUCCUGAACCCCUUCCAUAAUUAUCUCGCCUACCGGCAACAAUUCCAUGAAGCUCCAGGGAUCCCUUUCCUCUUACCUCAUAUCAGGGAAUUCAAGCAACACGGCCAGGGCGUAUUGCACCGGUUGUUCCAGGAGAUCCAGAUCCCUCUCCCUUGA